GCUUCUAGUCAAGGCGAUGCUGCUGCUGGAGGACAUGCCUCUCCCGAAGAUGAGACGCAACCAGCUACUGCGGAUGAGCUAGAAGCUUCUAAGCGACCCAAAAGGAAACCACCAGUGAAAGCGGCAGCCAAGUCGGUGACUGCACCUCCGGUGAAGCCAUCAUCACCGAAGCCGUCACCUGGCCAGCCGUCUCCCAACCCAGCACCUACUAAGCGACUGAAAGGGAAGCAGCCCAACUCAGAUGAUCCGUUGAAGAUUAUCCAGCAGUUGCAGGAGGCCAACAAAAAGAUGGAAGAGGAGAUGAUGAAGCUACGAGCCCAAACUUCUAAGCCAACCAAGUCCAAAGGAUCUGCCUACACGACUCCGCCCCCAAAGGUGGCUGCCCCUUCGCCAGGAAAGAAUCCCAGUUCAGGGUCGGGCAAAACCUCUGUGAACCCACCCCCGGAGCGACCUGCUCCGGCAACUGAAGGUGCAAAGUUGAAUCGGCUUCGCCGAUUGUGUGAGAAAAAGCCUUCAGGCCGUUGCAAUGUCCCAGCCGCAGUUCACGAAAAAUGGCUUAAGUCAAACAAGCAGGAAAAGGAAGCAAUGAUUGACGAGCUAGAGUCAGUGAACUGGAGUAAGGGUUUGUUUGUCAGCCGAAUCACCAAGACCAUUUCCCAGAAGAAAACUUUGCAGCGAAAACAGAAGAGAGGUUGGUUCACCAAAGAGCAGAUGCAGCACUCCUUGGGAUGGAGUUUGUCGUACAUCAAGUGCGCCAUCGAGUACUGUGAGAAGCCUGGCAAUGAGCGACUGUGGAAGAAGGAUCGGUACAAUAAGAAGUUGAGAAAGUACUAUGUUGUAUAUGGUGAAGAAGAUGAUGACAUCUCCGAGAAUGAGGAGAUGCAUCAGCAACAUGAAACUGGUGAGGUGACCUGGCCCAAUUAG